AUGGCAGCGGACAAGCCGAUCAACUUUGCGGAGCAUGUCCAGCUACAGGAGCUGGGCAUUGCUCCUGAUAGUAUAUCAUUUGCCAAUGUAACGUUGGAAUCAGAAAAGUACGUCUGUGUUCGCGAGAGCAAAGAGUCAGGCAACUCGGUCGCGAUUGUGGACCUGAACAAUAUCAGCAAUGUCGUUCGUCGUCCCAUGAGCGCAGACUCUGCGAUUAUGAACCCGGAGGCAAAUAUCUUGGCGCUGAAGCUGCAGCGUCAGCUUCAGGUGUUCAAUCUCGACACUAAAACCAAGCUCAAGUCGCAUACCUCGCCGCAAGAUGUGAUCUUCUGGCGCUGGAUCUCCCCUACUACGCUGGGUAUUGUGACAGGCACAAGUGUGUACCACUGGAGCAUCGAGGGAGAUGCGCCGCCGCAGAAGAUGUUUGACCGUCAUGCGAGUUUGGCCGACACGCAGAUCAUUAACUACCGCUCCUCGACGGAUGGCCAAUGGAUGGUCCUGAUCGGCAUUUCGAGCAAUCCUGACCCCAGUGGCUUCAAGAUCAAGGGAUCUAUGCAGCUGUACAGUAAAGAGCGUGGAGUUUCGCAGCCGAUUGAGGGUCAUGCAGCUGCGUUUGCCGAGCUCAAGACUCAAGAUAGCUCCGUGCCGUAUAAGUUGUUCACUUUUGCUGCCCGCACAGCCAAUGGUGCGAAGCUGCACAUUGUUGAGGUGGACCAUGCGGAAGAGAACCCUGUUUUCUCGAAGAAAUCUGUGGAUGUCUUCUUCCCUGCCGAGGCAGCGAACGAUUUCCCUGUCGCAAUGCAGGUGAGCAAGCGCUACGGUAUUGUCUACUUGAUGACCAAGUAUGGCUUUAUCCACCUGUACGACCUUGAAACGGGUGCGUGUAUUUAUAUGAACCGUGUCUCGGGUGAGACGGUGUUUGUCGCUGCGGAGCAGAAGAGCUCCAACGGUAUUAUCGCUGUAAACCGUCGCGGUCAGGUGCUUUCUGUGUCGGUGGACCCAGACACGAUCAUUCCAUAUGUGCUGCGGACGUUGAACAACACGGACCUUGCAUUCAAGCUGGCAUCGCGUGGCGAUCUGCCCGGUGCAGAUGACUUGUAUCUGCAGCAGUUCCACUCGCUGUUCAGCGCAGGUCAGUACAGCGAGGCCAUCAAGGUCGCGGCCCAUUCGCCACGUGGCAUUCUGCGCACGGCGCAGACGAUCGAACAGCUGAAGCAGGUGCCGACGCAGCCCGGUACGCUCUCUCCGAUCCUGCAGUACUUUGGUGUACUCCUGGAGAGCGGUACGCUGAACCAGUACGAAUCGCUGGAGUUGGCCAAGCCGGUGCUGGUGCAGGGACGUAAGCACCUUCUUGAGAAGUGGCUCAAGGAAGACAAAAUUGAGUGCAGCGAGGAGCUGGGUGAUAUUGUGCGUCAGCACGAUAUGAACUUGGCGCUGAGUGUGUACCUCCGUGCGAAUGUGCCCAACAAGGUGGUAGCUUGCUUUGCUGAGACGGGUCAGUUCAACAAGAUUGUCUUGUAUGCCAAGAAGGUGGGCUACACGCCCGACUAUGCUACGCUGUUGCGCCAUGUCGUGCGUGUGAAUCCCGAGCAGGGCGCCGAGUUUGCCUCGAGCUUGGUGACCGACGAGGAUGGCCCCCUGGUCGAUGUGGAGCGUGUGGCGGACAUCUUCUUCAGCCAGAACAUGGUGCAGCAGGCUACGUCGUUCUUGCUGGAUGCGCUUAAGGACAACAAGCCAGAGCAGGGCGAUCUGCAGACGCGUCUGUUGGAAGUCAACCUGCUCAACGCGCCGCAGGUGGCGGAUGCUAUUCUGGGCAACCACAUGUUCACGCACUAUGACCGCCCUCGUAUUGCGAGCUUGUGUGAGAAGGCGGGUCUCAUGCAGCGUGCGCUUGAGCACUAUGAUGAUUUGGCCGAUAUCAAGCGUGUCGUGGUGCACUCGAACUUGUUCGACAACGAGUGGCUUGUAAACUACUUUGGCACGCUUACCGUGGAGCAGUCGCUUGAGUCGAUGUACGAGAUGCUUCGCUCGAACAUCCGCCAGAACCUGCAAGUCGUGGUCCAAAUUGCGACCAAGUACUCGGACCUGCUGGGCGCUCCGAAGCUCAUUGAGAUGUUUGAAAAGUUCCGUAGCUUCGAGGGUCUGUACUACUACCUCGGCUCGGUGGUCAACCUGAGUGAGGACCCUGAGGUGCACUUCAAGUACAUCCAGGCCGCAACGCGUACAGGCCAGUUCCGUGAGGUGGAGCGUAUUUGCCGUGAGUCGAAUGCGUACAACCCGGAGAAGGUGAAGAACUUCCUGAAGGAGGCCAAGCUGGCCGACCAGCUGCCGCUGAUCAUUGUGUGCGACCGUUUCAACUAUGUGCACGACCUGGUGCUGUACUUGUAUCAGAACAUGCAGUUGCAGGCCAUUGAGGUGUACGUGCAGAAGGUCAACUCUACGCGUACGCCGCAGGUCAUUGGUGGUCUGCUCGAUGUCGACUGUGACGAGGGUGUGAUCAAGGACCUGCUCGCCUCAGUCACUGGUCCGAUCCCCGUCGAUGAGCUGGUCGAGGAAGUGGAGAAGCGCAACCGCUUGAAGCUCAUUCUGCCGUGGCUCAAGAAGCAGAUUGAAAGCGGUAGCGAGGACCAGGCGCUAUACAAUGCCAUGGCAAAGAUUGCCAUUGACAGCAACCAGAACCCAGAGGCGUUCCUUAAGGAGAACAACCUGUACGACCCGCUCGUCGUGGGUAAGUACUGCGAGAAGCGUGACCCCUACCUGGCGUACAUUGCGUAUGCCAAGGGCUUCUGCGAUGACGAGUUGAUUGCGAUCACGAACGACAACUCAAUGUACAAGCAUCAGGCACGCUACUUGGUCCUGCGUCGCGACCCUGCGCUGUGGGCCAAGGUGCUGGCAGAAGACAAUGUGCACCGCCGCUCGCUGAUGGACCAAGUCUCGUCGGUAGCUGUCCCUGAGUCGACGAACCCUGAGGAUGUCUCUGCGACCGUGAAGGCGUUCAUGGCGGCCGACCUGCCGCACGAGCUGAUCAAGCUCUUGGAGCCCAUUGUGCUGGAAUCGUCGGCGUUCAGCGACAACCGCAGUCUGAAGAAUUUGCUGCUGCUUACGGCGAUCCGUACCGACAAGGCGAAGGUCAGCUCGUACAUUGAGCGCCUGGUUGGCUACGACGUGGACGAGAUUGCUAAGAUUGCGAUUGACCACGGCCUGUACGAAGAGGCGUUCCAGACGUACUCCAAGGCUGGCCAGCAUCUCGAUGCGAUGAACACGUUGGUCGAGCAUAUUGUGUCGAUUGACCGUGCGCAGCAGUACGCCAACAAGCUGGACAAGCCGGAAAUCUGGUCGCGCCUCGGUAAGGCGCAGCUGGAUGGCUUGCGUAUCAAGGACGCUAUUGACUCGUACGUACGUGCCGAGGACCCGAACAACUUUGAGGAGGUCAUUGAGCUGGCGGAGCGCGCUGGUCGUGAAGAGGAGCUGAUCCGCUUCCUCCAGAUGGCCCGCAAGAACGCACGUGAGCCGAAGAUCGAUACGGAGUACGCGUACUGUCUGGCGAAGGCCAACCGACUGUCGGACAUGGAAGAGUUCCUCUCGAUGACGAACGUGGCGGACAUUUUGCACGUCGGCGAGAAGUGCUUCCACGACGGUCUGUACGAGGCGGCGCGUCUCCUGUUCAGCAGUGUCUCGAACUAUGCACGUCUUGCUACGACGUUGGUGUACCUUGGCGACUACCAGGCGGCGAUCGAGGCGGCUCGCAAGGCGGGCAACACGUCGGUGUGGAAGCAGAUGCACGCUGCGUGCUUGAACCAGGGUGAGUUCAAGCUGGCUCAGAUUGCCGGUCUGGCUGUUGUGCCGCAUGCCGAGGACUUGCCGACGCUUAUUCGCGCGUACGAAGUGAAGGGCUACUUUGAUGAGCUUCUGCAACUGCUUGACUCGGCGCUGGGCCUGGAGCGCGCACACAUGGGUGUGUUCACGCAGAUGGGCAUUGCGUUGGCCAAGUACCGCCCAGAGCGUCUGAUGGAGCACUUGAAGUUGUACUGGAGCCGCAGCAACCUGCCGCAGCUCAUCAAGGUCGCGGACAAGGCGCACAUGUGGCGCGAGCUCGUAUUCCUGUACAUGAAGUACGACGAGUUUGACAAUGCUGCGCUGACGAUCAUGGAGCACUGCACCGAGGCAUGGGACCAUGAUCAGUUCAAGGAGGUCCUGCCGCAGGUGGCCAAUACGGAAAUUUACUACCGUGCCCUGACGUUCUACCUGGAGCAGCACCCACUGCUCCUCAACGACCUGCUGACUGUGUUGGUCAAGCGUAUCGACCAUGGCCGUGUCGUGCGUAUGUUCAAGAAGCAUGACCACGACAAUGUGCCGCUGAUCCGCUCGUACCUCAUGUCGGUCCAGCCACAGAACAUUGAGGCUGUGAACGAUGCGUACAACGACCUGCUUAUCGAGGAGGAGGACUACGACACGCUGCGUGUAUCGAUCGAUGCGUACGACAACUUUGACGCACUGGCUCUGGCCUCACGCUUGGAGCGUCACGAGCUACUGGAGUUCCGUCGCUUGGCGGCGCAUCUCUACCGUAAGAACAGCAAGUUUGACGACAGCAUCUCGCUGUCCAAGUCGGACUCGCUCUUCCGUGAUGCCAUCGAGACGGCAGCACACUCGGACAAUGCCGAGGUUGCUGAAGAGCUGCUGCAAUACUUUGUCGAUACAGGUAACAAGGAGUGCUACGCGGCCAUGCUCUUUGCCUGCUACGACUUGCUGGCGCCUGACUUUGUCAUGGAAAUGUCGUGGCGCUACGCGCUGAACGACUUUACGAUGCCCUACCAGAUUCAGCAGGCACGUGACACACGGCAGAAGUUGCGGGCGCUCGAGAAACAGGUCCAGGAGCGCGCGGCGAAGGACUCGGCCAAGGAGAAGGAGGAAGAAGACGCACCCAUUCUGGGCCCAGGCGCUUUCAGCAACCGCCUGCUCACCGCUGCACCGACCGGUGGUAGCAUGAUGAUGCCACCGCAGUCUACAGGCAUGUUUGCUUGA